GAGAGAAAGAGAGAUAGAAAGGCCUUGCUCCAUUCACAGAAACAUUGGUAUGCGAGCCUAGCUAUUUCAUUCACAUAAAGACUAAACAAUAUUUGCCUUCCUUCAUCGUUUCCUCUUUCUCUUCUUUUCCUCUCUUCUUUCAUCCCUCCUUCGUUUUUAUUUGCUUUUGUUUCUGACGAGAAACGUGCUUCCUUUUUUUUUCUGUAUUUGCCAGGCAGGAAGGCGAGAGAGAGAGAGAGAGAAAGAGAGAGAGAGAGAGAGAGAGAGAGAUGUUGGGAGGGACUGCAGUGCAGUGCGAAAUCUGCAGCAGCAGGAUGAGAGAGAGCGAGGAAGCUUAUGAAUGACUGUCAGUCUUCUUGGUUGUGUCGCUCCUGUGGACAUUUUACAUGAAUGGUUUUUGGCUUCAUGUAGAAAGACUGCUUAUCUAGACUGCUGCUCUAUUGAUGCCUUGCUGUUCGGACGAGCCUGUCUUCUUGUGUUUCUGUUCUGCGCUGAGUCAGUGUUAUCGGUUUAAUGUGAAAACGUGUUUUUAUUCUGUUUAUUCAUUAUUCACUGAGAUAAUUCAGGACAGGCAGGUUGUUAUCCAGAGAGGUGAAGUAUUAUUUUACUGAUCCUUUGUCUCAGUAUGUUAAUUGAAUAGUGAUAAUGCACAUUCAACAGAGGAAGGAAAACAUCUAUUCUACAUUGUUCAAUAUUUUUGAACGAUAGAUUAUCAUGACGUGUACUGAUGCAUUUAAACAUAUAGAUGUGUUAUUUAGAUAUUUUUUUAUACACGAUUAGGGGCUAUCUUUCUCCAUCUCAUGCAUGUGUCAUCAUCACGGUAGAAUAUAAUCUUUACCUUUUAUGAUGUUAUAGAAGAUAUGUAUUGAUGUGUCUGUGUCAUUGCAUGUUUUGUACGCUCCAAUGAGAACAGUAUGUUGUGACAUUCAAUUUGUACAUUUUGUUGCAAAUACAGAUACCAGUAAGAUUGUCCUCUUCUUCUGAAGUACUGUAGACAGGGACUAGACUCAUUGCCAGCAGCAUGCCUAUCACUCACAUGAAUGUUAUUUUUCAUUGUUUCCUAUUUAUUUGUCAUCAGUAGGCUAUAUUCAGCAUCAAUUGCUUAGAUUUCCCCCUUCACAGGAACAUAACCUCUUUUAAUCCCAGUCUGUAGAGGAGUAUGUUUUAACCAGAUAAUGAGAGAAGGGAGUAUGUUUUAACCAGAUAAUGAGAGAAGGGAGUAUGUUUUAACCAGAUAAUGAGAGAAGGGAGUAUGUUUUAACCAGAUAAUGAGAGAAGGGAGUAUGUUUUAACCAGAUAAUGAGAGAAGGGAGUAUGUUUUAACCAGAUAAUGAGAGAAGGGAGUAUGAAAGGAGACAAGUUGAUAAUGAUUUUAUUAUCUUUUAUCAUCAGGAUAUAUUUUUGUCUUCGUAAUUCUCUUUCCCUUUUCCCCACAACCGACCGUACCACAGAAUAAAAUAGAAAAGCAUUCCUGCGGUGAAGAGGAAAUAUCCGUCUGGGAAAUUUGAGAAUUGAUUGGUUCUAGUGUGCUGUAAGUGGGAGGAUUUUUUUUUUUUGCAACAGGAAGUGAUUUUCAGUGUUCAGUGAGCCUUUUGUUGAGAAGGUCUCCUCAGAUCUGUGAGUCAUGCUUCUGCUUUGAGCCGGUAGGCAACAGUGAGAGGAGAGCAGAAGCUCUAUUUAACUAUAUCCUCCUCUACCACAUCCAUCUCUCUCUCUGCAUUCUGGAAGCCUCUGGAACCUUUUUUCCCCUUUCCUCCAUGUUCUAUUUCCAUGGAUUGUGUUCUUCUUUUCCGUUUCUAUUCUACCAACGGAUUGGAUCAUUGCAUCGUUGGAUUUUCCUAACAGCCACCUCAGCCUCAGCAUCAACAACAGCAGUAGCAGCAGCAGUAAACCAGCUCUCUAUCCUCCUCAGCAGCAGUAACCCAGCUCUCUAUCCUCCUCAGCAGCAGAGAAAAAUUGAGUCAACCAUCGUACAGGGCCUGCUGUGGUUACUAUAAGGCAUUGGCUAUGUUCAAGGAGAGGAGGAUAAUUUACUUGGCGGCGUUACAUCUGCCGGUGCGUUUGUAAGGCAGAGGAGGGGGCAGAGGCAGAGAAGAGGGGAAUGCUUCACCGUACCAAAUACAACAGAUUCAGGAAUGAGUCAGUGACGUCUGUCGAUGAUCUACACGGCCUCUCCAUGAACCCCAAGGUCUCGGCAGCCUCUGCGUCCUCCGCCGAGCCCCCGUACACCCCUCCUGCAGCGCCAUCCGAGGGCGGCGUGAACCACCACCACCACAACCCCGCCGCCGACCCCUCAGACGAUGGAGCCACCACCCUGUGCACCCUCAUCAACAAGGUGUCCAACCUGAAAUUCACCAACUCAGGCUCCAGCCUGCUGGGUAUGAAGAGCCUCCCCUCCCACGUCAAGGACCUGACCCUCUCCAAGCUGCAAGGCGGUGGAUGCUCCGGUGGGGGCUCCGGCGGUGGAUCCAGUGGUAGCGGCCUUGCCUCCAGUGUGCCGUUGGCAGCCUCCGGUAGUGGUAGCAGUGGUGGCGGUAACGGCUCCUCCUGUGGCUCAGCCUCCAGUGUCCCCCACCACCACCACCCCCCCUGCUCCCACUCCCACUCCUCCCAGCAAGAACCAGGCACCAUGAGCAGCGCAGGGGGAAAGAAGGGCAGCAGGCUGGGGCUGGAAGAGAGGGAGGCUGGGCAGAGACAUGGACAUGGAGGGGAGGACUGGGGACCUAGUGGAGGAGGAGGAGGAGGUGGUGGAGGUAACAGUAACAGUGGACUGGUGAAUAAACCCUGUUCCAGAGGAUGGCUGCAUUCCAGUGAGAAGAUCUCUGGACCCGGAGUGACGUACAUUGUAAAGUAUUUGGGUUGCAUUGAAGUCCUUCGGUCGAUGAAAUCACUGGAUUUCAACACAAGAUCGCAAAUAACGAGAGAGGCCAUCAGUUUGGUGUGUGAGGCGGUCCCGGGGGCCAAAGGAGCACUGCGGAAGAGAAAGCCUCCAUCUAAAGCCCUGUCCAGUAUCCUGGGGAAGAGGAACCUCCAGUUUGCUGGGAUGAGCAUCAACUUGAAUAUCUCCACCAGUAGCCUCAACCUGAUGACCCCAGACUCCAAACAGAUCAUAGCCAAUCAUCAUAUGCAGUCCAUUUCCUUUGCAUCGGGCGGAGAUCCAGUGAGUGAUCCAGACACGACUGAUUAUGUUGCCUAUGUAGCGAAAGAUCCUGUCAACCGAAGAGCGUGUCAUAUUCUGGAGUGUUCUGAUGGUCUGGCCCAGGAUGUGAUCAGCACCAUCGGCCAGGCCUUUGACCUCCGCUUCCAGCAGUACCUCCAGUGUCCCUCCAGCAAGAUGACCUCUGUACACGACAGGGUUCUGAAUAUGGAUGAGUCAGUCUGGACGGAGGAGGAGGAGGAGCCUGCUGAACAUCCAUACUACAACAACAUCCCCGGCAAGAUGCCACCACCUGGAGGUUUCAUAGACACCCGGCUAGGCCAGAGCAGCCAGACUGAGCAGGCCCCAGGGGCUGGGGUGGACCAGACUUACUACCAGGGUAGACACUGUGGGGAGAUCUGGGGAGCGGACAGGAGGCCUACUGGGAUACUCGUCCAACAGGGAUCAUGUGAUAUCUACAGUCUGCCAGAGGGGAAGAGUACAGUACCAAAAACGGGGGAUGUGCCUACUUACGUCAACACACAGCAGAUCGACGCCCAGGUUCUGGCAGCGCUGCAGGCUGAACAGGACAGCAUGGCAGCAGAAGGGGCAGCGGGUACAGCAGCCAAAGAAAGUCCCAGGAAAGACCUGUUUGACAUGAAGCCUUUUGAGAAUGCCAUCCUGACCCAGUCAGGGGUCCCUGCCCUGCACAAGGCUGGAUCUGUGGAUAACACCAGCCCCUUGUUGGUGCGCUCUGCUGCCUUCAAGGCCCAGGAGGAGCUGGAAGGCCAAGCAUGGUACCACGGAGAGAUGAGCCGACGAGACGCAGAGAAACUACUGCUAGACGACGGAGACUUCCUGGUUAGGAAGAGCACCACCAACCCUGGGUCGUACGUACUGACGGGCAUGCACAACGGACUGGCCAAACACCUACUGCUGGUGAAUCCUGAGGGCACGGUGCGGACAAAAGAUCACAUAUUUGACAGCAUCAGUCACCUGAUAGGCCAUCACCGUGACAACAGCUUGCCCAUAGUUUCUGCAGGAAGUGAACUGUGUCUGAAGCAGCCUGUGGGCAACAGGAAACAGUGACGAUCCACUCGCUAAGCCUGAUGGGAGAUGGAGUUCUGAAACAAAAAACCUCCAAUCCCUCCUGAAAACCUGAAACUUGAAGAUGAAAAUCGAGAAUAUAUUAUUGUUGAAAAAGGUUACUUAACGAUGAUGACAGUCGUGUUGGAAGCGGUCUGUGGCAAAGGAGGAAGAGAAAGAAGAGGUUUGCUGAUAAAAAAUGAUUUAUAGAACUGUUAUUAUUUUGUUGUGAUGAUUGAAAUGCUAUAUUUUUGAGAAGACAUAUAGGUGCAUUUGGGACAUAUAUGUUGAUUUGGUGUUUUAAAAACUAAAAAAACAACUGUUAGUAGUUUAGAUGACAAAGUGCAAAUUGACCUCAAGGAGGGGAAAGAAAAUAGUAUUUUAGAUUAAAACCCUACAUUUUAGUUUUGUCUAUCAAGCACAACCAGAUUUACACAGUCAUUGGUAAGUACGAGUUAGGUAGAGGAAAACAACUAUUUGAAAAUGCUGUUGUUUAUAUUGAAACUAUUUUAGGAUUAUUUGUCCUUUAUCGCAGCUAUAGCGCGACGACAUCUUCACUUGGGGUUACUAAUGAAUCUUUCCUGGUCCCAGACCUGUUUGUGCUGUCUUGCCAAAACCUGUGGACAAUGACCAUAGACCAUAGGAGUUGGUAAGACAGCACAAAUGGGUCUGUGACCAGGCUAUAAUGAAUCUGCUUUAUAAGAAAUAAAGACGUGAAUGUGUUUUGCUUUACAGUAGUCACAGUGUGUUGGGGUCAGGGGUCGUGACCUUUAACCCCUCAUAGUGCUGUCAACAUGGCUUUAAAGAUACUGGGUGAAUCUCAAUUGUACUCCCUUGAUUACUCGCAUCCUCUCUCCUUGCCUCCUUCACAAAACCUUCCGAUAGCCUCAUGAAACCAGACUGAUCUAAUUGUAAGUCUCUCUGGAUAAGACCAUCUGCUAAAUGACUAAAAUGUAAAAAUGUGAGAUUUGUGACAAUGUCACAUUCUGUUUCACUUCACGAAACGUAAGCGCAGCGGUCAGUCUGGUUUCAAGAGGCUAUAUAGAUCCGAGGGGAGGACCCUCACAUCUUCUGCUCCAAUGUGCUUUGAGAAGGAGACAAGGAGGGAGGGCAUGAGGAAUCAAGUUAUUACUAUUGAGAUUGACCCACUGACAUUUUUUUAUAUGAUGAAGUACUCUUCUUGUGUCACUGCAGUCGCAUGACUUGAAAAAUCUAACUGUUCCUGUGGACAUUGUUCAUAGACCUUGAACCCCUUUGGGAGGUACUUGUGUAUGCUCACACUGUAAAAAAAAACAAAAAACUAUUUAUUGCUUUUCUAAAUAUUAUUUCUUCAUUGGUUUCUGGAUCCUUCUUUAAACUGGGUGUGUAGUAAGUCAACUAGUUUGGGGCUUUGAUCAUGCAAAUGAAUAUUCUUCACAUCAUUUCUAGCAUUUAUGGCUUUAUCGUAGACUUUAAAAGUGUAUUAUUUGACAUUAUUAUCACAAAUGUAUAGCACAAUCAGAAGUUUAAAAGAUUAUCUGUGUUAAUUGUAUUGAGAACAAUUCACCAACGUGUUUUAACAUAAAUCACUGUACUGAAGGGAGAUUUAGAAAAAUCCUCUCUAUUUCACCUAGCGCACCCUUACUUAGAUAAUAACAAUAUUAGAUCACUUUCUCUUGUGUAACAAUACUGAUUAUAAAUGAAUUGUCAUUUCUCAAUGUAUAGAUUUCGAUAGGUCUAUUGACAUCACAGAAUGGUCAUCAAUUACAGAAAAGCUUAUAGAUAGAACAGUUAAAUUCGCCUUUUACCUAUGCAUUUAAACUGAAUUUACAUAACUAGGAAUAAUUUCAUUAUAUUUAUCAUGUUAUAUAGCAUGUUCAAUAUUUGUUAUAUAACUAUUGUAAUUACAUUGUAAUAAAAUAAGAAGAAUGAAUAUUUGAGUUGUAUGGUACAACUUAUUUAAAUUCAACCACUUGUAAUCUAUACAUUAAAUAACUUACAAUACAUAUUUGGAACAGUUUUUAAAGUAAUUGCAUAGGUAAAACAGCCACAUUUAUCUAAAUGGUUACAGAAGCUGAAAAUAACAGAUGUUCUAGCAUCACGUUCAAGUACAGAACCUGAAUACUAUGAACAUUAACAAAACCUGUGACACAAACGGAACACUGAUGCAUUUCAGUGUUUGAUAAUGAUGUGUACAGGAUUGAACCAAAACAGAACCUGUGUUUCCAAUCAAUUUGAUUGACAAGAAGACAGUUAUUUAUGAUACUGCAGGCUACCUGUAUUUUGCAGCAAGAGGAAGUGUACAUGAAUCUACUCUCACAACAGUCUUUUAAAUAAGUCUUACUCUGAUUUGUAAAGGGGAUCAUAGCAAUGUUAUGACAUGAUUUGAUAACCUCCCCAUCACAAAAUGAGACAGUUACUGUAGAGCCUAAAGCAGUUUCAUGUACUUUUACUCUAGAUUCCGUGCAUUUACAGACAGCCCACUUCUUUCGUGGCAGUUUAUGAACAGACAAAAUAGACUAGUAAUUAAUUUCGUUUGGCAGAUCUGUACAGUGACUUUUUGGAAAGGACCAAAUUCAAGAAUAGAUUCCCAAAACUCUUAGGGACAAAUCCUGACUGGAGAACCAAGCAUUUUACUCAAACUUUCAAACAAAUAAUCAAAUAAUCUUACAUGAAUCAAUCUUACACCAUUACAGUAAUAGCUUGAGCAUAAAUAAUGUUACGUUAGCUCAACAAAGAAUUGUGAGUCAACUCAACAUUCACAUAUAUACAGUAGGUAGGGAGAUAAGCUAGAACAUGGCUUUUCCAGAUUUCUGUUGAUGAAAAUGUGCCUUUUAUUUGUACCAAUGGUGUUUUUUCUUCUUCAAAGUGCAAUAGCUGGAACUUCUUCAUGGGCAUGCCCUGCCGUUCAUUAGUGUGCGUCCCAAUGGCACCCUAACGCCUAUAUAAAGCACUACUUUUAAAAGUAUUACACUAUGGGAAAUAGGAUGCCAUUGGGACGUAUCCUAAGAGUUGUGUUACUGCUUGAGUGUUGCUGCUUGAGAUUCAACCUUUUUUUUAAAAUUUUCUCUCUCGCUCUAGUUUCCAAAUUCUGAAUAUGCUGGGUUUUUUUGUCAGAAGGAUCACAAAAACACAUUUUUGGAACAAGUAAAAAAAUAAAUAAAAACAAAGAAAUGAGUCCAAACAACGUUUACAGAUGGUAUCUUUGGUUGUAUGAGUUAUCAUCAUUCUGUAUGACUGUUUGCAAUAAAACCGUGAAUGUUCUUCUUUGA